AUGUUGUUUGAUGUCCCCCCCUGACCUCUCUGUUUUCUCUCUCCUGUAGAUGGUCAGCCUCCUGCUGAUCGGUGUGGCGGCGUGGGGGAUUGGCUUCGGCCUCAUCUCCAGCCUGCGGGUGGUCGGUGUGGCGGUGGCCGUGGGAAUCCUCCUGUUCCUGAUCGCUCUGGUCGGACUCAUUGGGGCCAUGAAACAUCACCAGGUGCUGCUGUUCUUUUACAUGAUCAUUCUUUUCUUGGUGUUCAUAGUCCAGUUCUCUGUUUCCUGCGCUUCGUUGGCAUUAAACAAAGAGCAGCAGAAUGAGCUCCUGGAGAUGGGUUGGAACCACACGGCGAACGCCAGACCUGACAUCGAGAAAAACCUCAACUGUUGCGGAUUUCACAGCAUCAAUGACAGCGAAACCUGCGUAGCACCGUGUUUUCAAUCUAAAGCUGAAUGUGACACGUGUGGCUCUAUAAUCGAGAGGCAUGCCGAGAAGGUGCUGAGAGUUGUGGGUGGAAUCGGUUUCUUCUUCAGUUUUACAGAGAUCCUUGGUGUUUGGCUGACUUACAGAUACAGAAACCAGAAGGACCCGCGAGCCAAUCCCAGCGCCUUCCUUUGA